AUGUCUUAUCUGACCAUUCCACUCUAUACCUCGGACAAACCAUCCCUUCUGCCAUCCGGCGUCCUACAGCCCGGGCAGCUGCUCAACAGGAACAGACUCCGCAGGAGACGGGCCUCGACGACAAACAAUCAGGCGACCCCCUCAACGGUUGCGUGGUUCGGCUCUCUGCCCCCUGCGGUUCAGAAAAGGCUGUUCUCUAAAGAGGAGUGCUCAUUUUAUACCCUGGCGAAAAACACCAUCAUCCUAGACGCCGCAGACGAAAUCCUGCGACGCCGCAGUUCUCGUACAAAUCAGUUGGCUGCAGUCGAGCCACGCUUCUCUGAAGCCCUUACUGCUGUGGAGUUGGACAACCUCAAAGACGAAGCCCGCGUGGAUUCUGCCAUCGACAUGAAUGACUAUUCCGCCGAAGGGUUUCGAUGGCUGGAGGACGAGGGGGACUUAGAUCUCGAGUUGGACGACUACCACGAAGCUAUCGCAGAAACAGCUCGGAAGACCGCAUCCAUAUCAGAACCCGUCAAGCGGCCUUUCAGGAGGAAUACAUCAAUCUCGAGCAUUUCUAUCCGACGCGGCCGGAAUUCAACGUCGUCCUCACGCGGCCAGGGCGAAAUCCCGAGUGUCCCACCGUUACCGUUGAAAUCCAACGACCCAUCCUCGCCCACCUCACUUAAACACUUCCGCUCGCAAGCAUCCUUAUCCUCCAUCGACCCCCGUGCUACUCACUACCAAGAUCCUGCCGCUCGACUGAAGCUGAGGCUCUAUCUGGCAUCUCCACAAAAGUUCGACGAGGCAAUCGAGUUUGGUUUCCCCUCCGUCGGGCAGAAGACAAAACAAUGGGAUCAUACACGACCGAUGACUAGCCCUCAGCCAAGACCCGAUGUGAACCGGACAUUCUUCCACGAGGAUACGCCGUCGUUGUCGGGUGACGACGGGGACGAUGUAGACGAGCCCGAUACUCUCUAUGACCCUAGAACUCCUGAUGACGCUGUCUUUCAUAUGCACCGACAGUCUAAGAAAACGAGCGUUGACGGCAGCACGGGAUCAAGGCUCUUCUCCACGAGGAGGCAUCCCGAGACAUAUACCCGGGGCGUCACCGCAGAUCGGGAGAUGACACUUCAUAUGACAUUGACCCGUCCAGACCUACGUUCACCCGAGGAAAUACAGCUAGUCAACCAGAAGAGUAUCAAUGAUCUGCCUUUAGAACGACCGGAAUUGGCGUCUGAUGGCCAUGGUAUAUCAAUCUGGGACACACUGCCUCCUGAAGAAUCGAGGGUGAAAAGAUUCUUACGGAAAUUGAGGCUGAAAUGA